GAGCUAGAUAUACUACACACUUGCUAUUACCGUGCUGGAAACACAUCUCCAUUCAUGCAGCAAAAGUGCCUCUAGCAAGCAGCACUGGACCAGAGUUUGUUGCUGUUCCGCAAGCUUGUAAAGGGACUUUACUGCAUUUUGCCAAAUAUAUAGAUAUAUUUUUUAGUUUAUAAAUUGGGGGGUGGGGGGGGGGUGGGGACAGAAAAACAAAUUGGUGAAAUGCAGCUGUGUGUGAGUUCAUGAAGCGUGCUUGCUAGCAUUGUUUGUUUUUUUUUUAUUUCACGGUGUGGACACUGAGGUAGAGAUUGCUUGUACUUGUAGUUUAGUUUUCCUAAAGUUUUGAAGUGAUGGAUGACAGUGGAGACUUGAGAGGACUGAGAAGCCAGCGGGUGGACGAUGACGCAACACGGACCUCCGCCUCCGAGGGCCUGGAGGAAGGGGAGGUGGAGGGGGAGACUCUCCUCAUUGUGGAGUCAGAGGACCAGGCCUCGGUGGACCUCUCCCAUGACCAGAGUGGAGACUCCCUCAACAGCGACAUUGGGGAUGAAGGAGAUACCAGCUGGACUGAGGAGAUGUCCUUCUACUGUGACAAGUGUCAUAAAUGGAUACCUGCCGGCCAGCUAAGGGGAGAACAGCCCAGUUACCUAAAAGGCGACAACUUCUUCAAGUUUACCUGUGCUGACUGUGCAGAAGACGGCAAAGAACAGUUUGAAAGAAUGAGGCUCACCUGGCAACAGGUGGUUAUGCUGGCUAUGUACAACCUCUCACUUGAAGGAACAGGUCGUCAGGGUUACUUCAGGUGGAAGGAGGAUAUCUGCGCAUUUAUCGGGAGACACUGGUCCUUCUUGCUAGCAAACAGGAAGAAGACCACGACGUGGUGGAGCACUGUGGCUGGGUGCCUGUCCGUGGGAAGCCCUUUGUUCUUCCGGUCUGGAGCUCAGGAGUUCGGAGAGCCCGGCUGGUGGAAGCUGGUCCUCAACAAACCUCCCACCCUGAAGCCCGAGGGAGAGAAAACAGCCUUGUCCUCACUGAAGGCAAAAGCCUCUUCCAAGCCCCCCCUGGACCCCAUCAUUACGGUGGAGGGGCUGAGAAAGCGUGCCAGCCGCAACCCAGUCGAGAGCGCCAUGCAGCUGAAGGAGAAACGCUCGCGGACGCAGGAGGCCAAGGAUAUCCGCAGAGCCCAGAAGGAGGCGGCAGGCUUCCUGGACCGCAGCACCUCCUCCACCCCUGUGAAGUUCAGCAGCCGGGGGCGCCGGCCCGACCUGGUCCUGGAGAAGGGGGAGGUGAUCGACUUCUCUUCCCUCAGCUCCUCUGACCGCACCCCCCUGACCAGCCCCUCCCCGUCCCCCUCGCUGGACUUCUCCGCCCCCGGUACUCCUGCCUCCCACUCGGCCACCCCCAGCCUGCUGUCCGAGGCAGACCUCAUUCCAGAUGUCAUGCCACCCAUGGCGCUUUUUCAUGAUGAUGAAGAGCUGGAAGGGGAAGGCGUCAUCGACCCUGGAAUAGAGUACAUCCCCCCCGUCAGCAUGCCGCCGGCCCCCGGCAGCGUCCUGAUCAGGAAGAAAAUGCGCACGGCGGAGCACAUCAAGCAGGAGGCAGACAGCGAGGAGGAGAGGAACGACAAGGGGGAGCAGGACGAGGGCGAAGAGACCCUGCACAUCAAAGCGCGGGGGGAGAAAAAGAAACCACAGCUGGAGAAGGACGAGGGGCCAGCCGCCCCCCGCUACGCCCCUCUCAGCCUGUACGAGGAGAAGCUGCUGCUGAAGAAGCUGGAGUCCUGCCUCAACGCCGUGGCCGUCACCCCAGAGGCCAAGCGGCUGCACAGGAAGCUGCUGGUGCGGCAGGCAAAGCGGGAGAGGGGGCUGCCCCUGCUGGACCUGGACCAGGCUGUAAGCGGCGCGCUCACCCUCGUCGGGGGGCUGUACGGAGCCAAGGAGGCAGGGGCCUGCCGCAGGGGGACGUCGGGCAUGGCAACGUACCGCACCACCAGCCAGGACCUCCGAAUCCUUGACCGCUUCCAGACUACGUUGUCCAAUAGAAAAGGAUUUCAUCAGGCCGUGGGCACGUUCUGGCAUCGCUUGAUGGGGUCAGAUACAGCUGUAGACCUCUGCAUCAGCAGUCCGUACACAUCACGCACUCUGAAGCCAUUCAUAAGACGUGACUUUGAGAACAAGCCUCCUAAACUCCACCUGCUGGCUGAAAUCCGGGCAUACCCCCACAGGAAUGAUCCGGAGUGGAAGCCAGAGCCAGAGGCGCCCAUUGAUUACUGCUAUGUCCGGCCCAACCACAUCCCCUCCAUAAACUCAAUGUGCCACGAAAUCUUCUGGCCAGGGGUUGACCUGUCAGAGUGCUUGCAGUAUCCUGACUUCAGCGUCGUGGUGCUCUAUAAAAAGGUUAUUAUCGCCUUUGGAUUCAUGGUUCCAGAUGUGAAGUACAACGAGGCUUACAUUUCAUUCCUGCUGGUCCAUCCGGAGUGGAGGAGAGCUGGGAUUGCAACCUUCAUGAUUUAUCAUCUUAUACAGACGUGUAUGGGGAAGGAUGUUACCCUGCAUGUUUCUGCCAGCAAUCCUGCCAUGCUGUUAUACCAGAAAUUUGGAUUUAAGGCUGAAGAAUACAUUUUGGACUUCUAUGAUAAAUACUAUCCGGUCGACAGCAAGGAGUGCAGGCAUGCAUUCUUUCUCAGGUUGCGUCGAUAAUGUUGUUCAUUGUCUGAACAAAUACAAUACCAUUACCUCGUGGGGAAAUUACUGUAGCCAUGUUAACCAGGACUGGGUGAAGUUGGUCCUUCCAGGCUAGGUUUAAAUGUUUUCUAAGUUGUUUAAUUGAAACAAGCUGGAAUUGCCCAGCCCUAGAUGUAGAGUGUAACUGGAGCCAGUAACACCAAGAGCAGGCACCCCAACCCCUUGUUAGCAGUUUGUUAGGUUAGUCUCUAGUGGAAAUAUUGCAUUCUUGAGCAGUGUUUUAUAGUUUGUUUAUCUGAAAAGGUAACCAUGUUUCAAAGAUGGUUUGAAGUGUUCUUGUUUAAACAUUCAUUAUAUCACUGAGGGUUAAGUGGCCAUCUGCAGAUUGUCAGUAUUGGCACUGCAAACCCGACCGUGUCCUUUUAACUGAGAGUGAAGUCAAAUGCAGGGGGAAUUGUCAGUCCACAAUGGAUGUGGGGUCCAAGAUCGAAAAUAUUUUGGAUUUCUCGGGACUUAAGGACUGCACACACCGGACACGAUACAAUUUGUCCUGCGAUAAGAUAUUACUUUCGCUGCGACACUACCUUUCACACCAGUGGCGACAGGCGCACGCGUUAUACAGCUAAUAAAAAUGUAGAAUACGUAAUAGCU